GCCGUACACAGAGCCCGGGCAUGAUGGAAUACUCCACUCAAUCAUUACCCCAUACGAUGCUUAGUAGACCGGGGUAAUUGGUACAGUACUGCACCGUACUACUAUUCGAGGGAUCUAGUUAAGCUAGUCCGUCCACCUCGUUGUCUCCGCGAGGCCGAUCCGACGUUGCCAUUUAUCGUACAAUAGAAAGCUCUUGUAUGAUAUCUCCCAUACAAUUAAUUAAGGUGACCAUCGCUGUUCCUACAAGCUCAUCCUCACGUUUCCCAAUUCAUUUGGCGGUCAGCAAGGCAUGCGUGAGACGGGAGUGAACUCUCCAAGCACCCCGUGCGUGGUGCGGCUAGCAGAACCCUGCGCCUUCCCUGAUUGGCGAUAGUUUGCCAGCGUGGUGUUGGCAGAGGGCAAGUUCUUAACUCACAACAACCCCCCCUUUCCCUCCGUUCCUUGCCCUUCUCCUCUUCUUCUUUCCUUCCCUCAUCUCAACACUAGACUGCCUUCUAUCCACAAAUAUCAAUUUUACGUUUAUUCGUCCGAUUCACGAAUCGAUUACCCCUUUAUAGUCGUAAGUUUCCAUUGCCUGCCCCUCCGGGAGACGCGUCUCAGGUUGCUCCAGCACUACCCUAGUCGUCGUCAACAAUCAGCUAUCGGUUAUCCUUGUGCGACUAAUGAUUCUUUAAAUAUUCUACAGAACCAGAAUGCGCGAAAUCGUUCACUUGCAGACUGGUCAGUGCGGCAAUCAGAUCGGUGCUGCUUUCUGGUAUGGAUUCAUGUUGGCUUUAUCAAGCUUUACCUGCCAAAAGAGAUUUCUUACCCGAAAUUUUUUUAUGAUUGUAGGCAAACGAUCAGUGGAGAACAUGGACUCGAUGGGUCAGGCGUGUAAGUUACCGCUUGCUUCCAAUUCAUGGUAUAUGACCAGUGAUGUUCUAAAACAUUUACCAGCUACAACGGGACGAGUGACCUGCAGCUCGAGCGUAUGAAUGUCUACUUCAAUGAGGUUGGUGUAUGAUAAUGUAUUUUCAAUUUCGGUCGCAUCUUUCUCAUUAAUGUGCAACUAGGCUUCUGGAAACAAAUACGUUCCCCGUGCUGUGUUGGUCGACUUGGAACCCGGCACCAUGGAUGCUGUUCGAUCUGGCCCCUUUGGAAACCUCUUUAGGCCAGACAACUUUGUCUUUGGACAAUCUGGUGCCGGUAACAAUUGGGCCAAGGGCCAUUACACCGAGGGUGCUGAACUCGUCGAUCAAGUAUUGGAUGUUGUUCGUCGUGAGGCCGAAGGCUGCGACUGUCUGCAAGGAUUUCAGAUUACUCACUCGCUUGGUGGUGGCACCGGUGCCGGUAUGGGAACGCUCUUGAUCUCUAAGAUUCGUGAAGAGUUCCCCGACAGGAUGAUGGCCACUUUCUCUGUCGUUCCUUCGCCUAAGGUUUCCGACACCGUUGUUGAGCCAUACAAUGCCACCCUGUCGAUACACCAGCUUGGUAAGGGCCAGAAGCAUUUGUUUAAGCUGGGCAAGUACUGACCGUGGGGGACAGUGGAGAACUCCGAUGAGACAUUCUGUAUUGAUAAUGAGGCCCUGUACGAUAUCUGCAUGCGUACCCUCAAACUCUCAGCUCCUUCCUACGGGGAUCUCAACCAUUUAGUCUCUGCCGUCAUGUCUGGUGUUUCAACCUCUCUCCGGUUCCCUGGACAGCUUAAUUCUGACCUCCGCAAAUUGGCUGUCAACAUGGUUCCUUUCCCACGUCUCCACUUCUUCAUGGUUGGAUUUGCGCCUCUCACAUCUCGUGGUGCCCACUCCUUCCGUGCCGUCAGCGUUCCCGAACUUACGCAACAAAUGUAUGACCCGAAGAACAUGAUGGCUGCAUCCGACUUCCGCAAUGGCCGUUACCUCACCUGCGCUGCUAUCUUGUGAGCAUUCCCCCUAUUCAAACGACCAGAAACCGAAGCUAACUAUUACAAACAAAUAGCCGUGGAAAGGUUUCCAUGAAGGAGGUUGAAGAUCAAAUGCAUAAUGUACAGAACAAGAAUUCAUCAUACUUUGUUGAAUGGAUUCCUAACAAUGUCCUCACCGCCCUAUGCUCAAUUCCUCCCAAGGGAUUGAAGAUGAGCUCUACCUUCAUUGGAAACUCCACCAGCAUUCAGGAGCUUUUCAAGCGUAUUGGCGACCAGUUCACUGUAAUGUUUAGGCGUAAGGCUUUCUUGCAUUGGUACACUGGCGAGGGAAUGGACGAAAUGUAGGUUUUGCUCAUCACUGCUGUCCCCAUCUGUUUGGUCACGUGCUGAUAAGGACUUACAGGGAAUUUACUGAAGCUGAAUCCAACAUGAACGAUUUGGUUUCCGAGUACCAGCAGUACCAAGAUGCCACCGUCUCUGAUGAUGAGGGUGAAGUUUACGAGGAGGAAUUGCCUGCUGAAGAGGAGGCUUAAGUGUGGGGUUGCAACUUCAAAAAGUCGAGAAUACCAACAACUAGAUAUUGUUUCGCGUCUUUGAAUAGGCUUCGAGCUAUUGGUUUGUUGGUUUGACCGCGUUUAAAGGGAAUUGCUAUUGUCUUUGGUUUUCCCAGCAUCCCUCAUCUUUUAUUUCUUUUUGUAUGAUACUGCUAUUAGCAGCUUUAUUUGGCAGUGGGCUUUAUUUAAUCGAUCGCUCUACGAUAAAUGUACCUUCUUUGUAGAUCGCAUUUAUCCAAUUGACCAAG